AGGUGAAAGAGUUUACAGCUCUUUGAAGAUUAUUUUUUGUCUCAUUUUACAGUUGACAGGAGUACUUGCAACGUGCUCAGUGGGAACAUUUGAAGCACAAAGUGGCUCGGCUCAAUGUGACCCCUGUACGGCAGGGUAUUAUUGCGAAACUAACGGGCUACAGUCUGUAACUGGUAAAUGUUGGAAAGGACAUUUCUGCAAAGAAGGUGCAAGUAUUCCUACACCAUGUUCACAUGGUUACUACCAGGCAGCAGAGGGAAAACCUACAUGUGAUAUUUGCCCUAUCGGCUACUAUUGUAACCAAACUAUGGCUGAGAAUGCUAAGCAAAGUGGAGCUGAUAAACCGACUCAUGGUGUUGUGAUUCCUACAAAGUGCCCUGUAAACAUGUGCCUAGAACCUGGAUCAACAUAUUCGCCACCCUCAAGACUGGUCAAGGAUGAAUAUGGUAAUGAGAUUGGUUCAGCUUCUGGACUGGACAGCGGUACAUCAAGUGACCUCUCACAGACCGUUCAACAUCCCCCAAUAGAUGGCAUCAGUAGGAUGUCUGACACGGAUUGUCCGGGUUUAAAUGAUGUAACAGAUGGAACUGUAUUUGCACCUGUUACCACGUUUGGUGCUACGGCAACUUACACAUGUAGCACUGGAUACUAUAUAUCGUCUGGUAACGAGACUCGCACCUGUCUAGCUGGCGGCUCAUGGAAUGGCACCGAACCUGUUUGUACAAUUCAUGAUUGUGGAGUAUUGAAUGAACCAGAUAAUGGUACUGUAAACUUUGACCCAGGGACAACAUAUGGAAAGUUUGCAUCUUAUACUUGUAUUGCAAGUCAUAAAAUGAAGGGUAGCAAUUUUAGAAGCUGUGGAGCUGAUGGUCAGUGGAGCCCAUCAGCACCCACAUGCGAGUUAUAUGAUUGUGGGACUCCUACAUCUCCUACAAAUGGCGAUGUAUCUUAUACAUUGACAACUUAUGGUAAAGGAGCCACGUAUUCUUGUAACACUGGUUUUCUUAUCAAUGGAACAGCGACAACAACAUGUGGUGAAGGCACCUGGUCAGGGUCUCUGCCGACUUGUGAAGACACUGAUGAAUGUACAGCAGGGACAGAUAACUGUGUCACAAAUGCAGCAUGUACAAACACAGCUGGAAGUUUUACUUGUGCUUGUAAUACAGGCUAUAAUGGUGAUGCCAGUACAUCAUGUACAGAUAUAGAUGAAUGUACAGCAGAGACAGAUAACUGUGAUACCAAUGCAGCAUGUACAAACACUGUUGGAAGUUUUAACUGUACUUGUAAUACAGGCUAUAUUGGGGAUGGUACAUCAUGUACAGACACUGAUGAAUGUACAGCAGGGACAGAUAACUGUGUCACAAAUGCAGCAUGUACAAACACAGCUGGAAGUUUUACUUGUGCUUGUAAUACAGGCUAUAAUGGUGAUGCCAGUACAUCAUGUACAGAUAUAGAUGAAUGUACAGCAGAGACAGAUAACUGUGAUACCAAUGCAGCAUGUACAAACACUGUUGGAAGUUUUAACUGUACUUGUAAUACAGGCUAUAUUGGGGAUGGUACAUCAUGUACAGACACUGAUGAAUGUACAGCAGGGACAGAUAACUGUGUCACAAAUGCAGCAUGUACAAACACAGCUGGAAGUUUUACUUGUGCUUGUAAUACAGGCUAUAAUGGUGAUGCCAGUACAUCAUGUACAGACACUGAUGAAUGUACAGCAGGGACAGAUAACUGUGUCACAAAUGCAGCAUGUACAAACACAGCUGGAAGUUUUACUUGUGCUUGUAAUACGGGCUAUAAUGGUGAUGCCAGUACAUCAUGUACAGAUAUAGAUGAAUGUACAGCAGAGACAGAUAACUGUGAUACCAAUGCAGCAUGUACAAACACUGUUGGAAGUUUUAACUGUACUUGUAAUACAGGCUAUAUUUGGGAUGGUACAUCAUGUACAGACACUGAUGAAUGUACAGCAGGGACAGAUAACUGUGUCACAAAUGCAGCAUGUACAAACACAGCUGGAAGUUUUACUUGUGCUUGUAAUACAGGCUAUAAUGGUGAUGCCAGUACAUCAUGUACAGGUAAGGAGUUAAAAACUUAG